AUGUCGUACAACCCGUACGGAGCAGGAAACCCUUACGGGCCUCCCCCGAGCUAUGGCGGCUUCCCGGGAUCCAAUGCCGCGCCUGGCAUGGCUCCUCCACCUGGUCUAGGCCCUCCGCCAGGCAUGUCUUCCGCUCCGGGAAUGGCACCACCUCCCGGUGUCCAGCAAUCCAACAACGCACAAGCUAACCGACAAAGCGGCCUGCCGCCUAACUUCCAAGCUCCCGCGAACCUCCCCAACAUCAACUUCAGCGCACCCGUCAUCCGUCUGGGAACCAUAGGCGCUAAGCCAGGUGCCCCUGAAUCGGGAAGGAAGGACAGCAAUACCCCAAGCGGUGGAAGACAAGGACUUGGUAUGGACCGUGGCUUUGACCAGUCAAGAGCCGCUGCUCGAGAGCACAUGCAAUCGCUCGUCCCUCCGACCAGCGAAGAGAAGUUGCGCACAUUAUUUGUUCACAAGAUUCCAGACGGAGUUGGUGGCGACGAAGGUAUCGAGAGAAUCUUGAAUGCUGUUGGCAAGCUCCGGAGAUGGGAUGCCGCAACAUCAGUUCUGUCUGAUGGAAAAGGCGCCAAAUUUGGCUUUGCUCAAUACGAAGACGCCGACUCCUUUUCGACGGCCGCCGAUCUUUUGCAGGACACCGAAGUUCCUCUCAAACGCCAGAGCCCAGCGGAAGCGCCAUCUGCAGAUGAUGACAAGUUCGAAGGAGUCGAAAUGGUAAAGCUCCAGGUUACGGUCGACCCUAACUCUCUGAAGUACAUCGAAUCCUACAAAGAGGGCAGAGGUGAUGAUGGCGGUGCCGAUUCAAGGACCCAGGCCGCGAAAGACGCCCUGCGGCACGUAAUUCGAGACCUCGUUUACCCAAAGACCGCAACGAACAUUGAUGGCGAAGGUGAUGUUGCUAUGGGCAACUCCGGUGAAAACGUCGAGGUUGUCAAUAUUCCUCUAGCUCAAGAUGACGAACUCGCAGACAUUCCCGCUGAGAUGCGGGAGGUUGUCGCCGCAGAGAUCGCUGCGUUCCGAGAGCGUAGCAACAAGCGGGACAUGGAGCGUCUGAAGCGCGAAGAGGAGAUGGAAGAGAUGGAACGAAACCGCAAUGGCCCUUCCCGUCCAUCCAGGCUGGACUCACCACCUCCAUCCAACUCGAAUAACAUUCCUGUUGGACCCCGUGGUGUCCCCAAUGCUCCUUCUGGCCCCAGGGGCCAGAAUGGCACCCGGACAACGUCUUUCGUCAACGGUGGCAUCUCCAACACCGAGUUCUCAAUUAACCGCGAGGACGAGGACACGGACGCUGAUGACGAAGAACUGUAUCAGCGAGAACUGUCUAAGCAAAAAUCCGAAGACGAAAAAAUGUAUCUCGAAGCCGAACGCAAGUGGGUCAACAGAGAGCGGUCUAGAGCUGCAGCUCUGGAGCGUGAAAAGGAGCGCGAGCUCCAAGAAGAGGAGAGCUUGGAGAGGCGGGUGCAGGAGCAACUCGAAAGAGAGAAAGCUUGGGAUGACGAGAGAGAAGCGUCUCGGAAGAACCAUCUUUACUACCGUGAUCAUGCUGCAUGGGUCAAAAAACGGCAGAUCGAGAGAGCCGACGAACAGGCAAGAGACGAGGCGGAUCGGAAAGCGGAGGAGGACGAGCAACGCAGAGAGGCUGCCGAUAUGGAGAAGGCGCGUGGUAUUGCCGACUCAUUCCUUGAUCAGCAGGCCCAGGAGAUGGAGCAACGCCAGCAAGCUACUGUUUCCGCUCCUGCGCCCUUCAAGUUGUCUCUUGGCGCUGCUGCUCAACGUUCUCAAGCCCAGCGUGCCGCACCGCAGCGGCGCACUGUUGCUGAAGUGGAAGGCCUCCUCGAUGAUGAAGAGCAAGACAGCACGGCCAAGAGGCAGCUGAUUCCCAUCCAGUUUGAACCCACUACUGCGGCGGAUAAGAUGACAGAGGAAGAGAUCAGCAAGGCGGUUCGUGCACUCGCACAGGAGAUCCCGUCCGAGAAGGAGGGAUUGUGGAAUUGGGCGGUGCAGUGGGAUUACUUGGACGAUGCGAUCAUCCGCGAGAAGCUUCGACCGUUUGUCGAGAAGAAGAUUGUCGAGUAUCUCGGCGUCCAGGAAGAGCUUUUGGUCGAGGUGGUGGAGGAGCAUCUACGGAAGCACGCCAAACCUUCAGAUCUGGUCGAAGAGCUUGUCCCAGCUUUGGAUGAUGAGGCGGAGGAUAUGGUCAAGAAGCUGUGGCGUAUGGUCAUCUUCUUCACGGAGAGCGAGAAACGGGGAUACCCAGCAUAG